AUGGCGAGACGGUUUGAGAUGAUCAACGACAUCACCGAUCACAAAGACUUAUGGAAGCUUGCUGUAAAAAUAUAUCACAAGUGGAAGGUUAUCACCGCAACGAAUGAGCAUUUUGAGAUGGUUGUUGUAAAUAAACAAGUUACCUAUGGACUUCAAAUUCGGAAAAUCUUUAACAUCUGGUACCCACAACCGUUCUUGGUCACAUCAAUCUUCCAGUUCUCAACUAUCCCCGACCGAGAAGUUUAUGUCCAUAGCUACCCACCUACCAUUACAGGAGACAUCACAUUAACUGAUAUAACUUUCUGCGUAUCUGUUGCAACCACCGACAAGCUCAUUGCAUCAUCUAACGGUUGGCACUACAGAGCAUGUCAUCAAUGUUCUCAGGUUGCUAAGGGUGACAAACCAUCCUUUUUUUUGCAGGGAUGGACACCGAACUAG